AUGAUCCAGCACGACGGAGAGACCCAUCAUCCACUGGGUGCUGGAUCUUAUUACUUCAAGGAGCACCUGAUCAAAUAUCUGAAUGAUCAAUGCUCUCGAUCCUCGAUCGCUCUCCAUGUUGGAUCUCAGCCAAACUGUAGUCCACAUAUUGGCAACAUUACCACAUUUACUGUGGCGUUCGCCCUUGCUGCUGCACUGCGGAAGGAAUUUCGGCGCGAAGUCAGGGUAAAAUUCGUAUACGUCGACAACGCUCCAUCUCCUGGGCAGGAGGCCAAUAUUAAUGGAGUCAUAUAUCAAAGGAGUCUUAAGCACAUGGGUGAUUUGGAAGACAACCAAACAGCCUUCGUGAAAGUACUAGACCAGCUCUCGAAGAUUUCUGGCAUAGCGUACGAUGUUGGGACCCAAAAUCUCUGGCUCUCACAUCCUGCAUUCCCUGGUGUACUCCGCACCAUCGUGGCCCAGCGUGAAGUCCUUGGGCCGCAUAUGUCCCCAGAUAGAGGGAAACUAGCUAUUCGAGCGUCCUGCCCACACGACGGAUGCGGACUAACGGACAAACACGGGGUAAAUAAUCAAUACCUCCAUGACGGCCGAAUCACAUUCGUCUGCCCGAACCAUGGAGAACAUCAUGUUAGCCUAUCAUCCGCUUCGGAUCUAAAAAGACUCGAGUUCAACACGCCACUACGCAAUCUGAUACGGAUCCUGAUCUGCAGCCAAGACCCGGACAAGUCGUGGAUCAUGUGUACUGGAUCUGACUACGCAGGCUUCUACCAAGAACAAUUUACAUGGCGACUCCUCGAGUGUCCCGCAAAGGCUCCGAUUAUCUUCUAUUCUCCUCUGAUCGUCGACUGGUCCGGAGGUACAUGCUGGAUGCGGACACAUUUAUGA